UAAUGACAUUUGGUCACAUGACACAUGUUCUCAGUCAAAAUGGCGGACAGGGAAAAAGGACUAUUAGUGUUCCAAUUUUACAUAUUGAUUUUUAUAGGAGUGUGCUGUGGACAGGAGUUAGUGGUCACACAUGCCCCGAGUUAUGUUACAUUCCAGGAACAGAAGGAACCGCUAUCAACCAGCAAUGUUCCUAAUGUCAUCACACAUACGCUUGGUGUUCAAACAGAUGGGGAUGUCAACUGGAAUGGGCUUGCACAGAAUUCCUUCUUCAAAAGACCUAAGGCUAAUGUACUAGUUUCAAUUCUUGGACACAAUGACUUAAAGAAUAAGCCACUAACUGUCAAAAACAUGGCCCGCUUUCCUGUAAAAACAGAUAUUCCUAUGGUGGACAUUGCCUCUCUGAUGAACACACUUCAGGGUGUUUUCUUUGAUCAGAGCCCAUUGUUACUUGAUGCAGGCAUGGAUAACAAUUUUUUUGAUGUCCACUCUGACUUUGAUGUUUUCCAUAAACUUCCUGAUACAUUGAGGAAGAUGUCUGACCGGCUGUUGGACUCGGACUCCGUGCUACAGAGACAUUCCGUGGGGUCCCUGAACUCCAGUAAACCUAGUGACCUCAAACUGAUGGGGGAAUUACAGCUGAUACAGGAUGUAAUUAACACGGUGAGUGAUCAUCCAGAGAUGCUAAAGAGUAAAACCCCAGAUCUCUUCUCGUUCACCAUCACUGGUCUACAUGAUAUCGUUACCAAACACGGAAGGAAGUCCCCGCAGACAGAGGACGCUCACAGAUUGAUAUCAGACUUUAUUACAAAGAUGACGGAGGAUUUCAAGAAGUUGUACAAAGAUAAUGUGGUGGUGGAGGUGCUGGCCAUUAAUCCUGAGAAAAAAUAUGUCAGAAAAACGAGAAGUCUGAUGGCCGUGGAUGACUCUGAAGUGAAUAUCAAUCUCUCCAAAGAUUACGACGAGAACUACCCUGCCAUAUUUAACAUUAUUCUGUGGAUGAUGAUCGCCAUGUUUGUCGUCAUCUUCGCAGUAUCUUACGGAAUGUGGAACAUUGACCCUGGCCGGGAUAGUAUUAUCUACAGAAUGACCACAACCCGCCUAAAGAAGGACUAGUCACUUCCUGUCUCUAGCUAUUUCCUGUGAUUUACCAUCGAAUGUUUCUUUCAAUAUACUGUUCUAAUAACAGGGAAAUUAUGAAAGUUAAAAUUAAAAUAUUUAUAAGGUGAAUCAAUGUACUGAGCCUACAUCCCUUCUCUCUUGCAACAGUGGAGAGGAUAUCUGUCAUUUUUAAUAUUUAAUUUACAGGGUACAGCAGUGAAAUUUUAGAUGGAAAAAGUACAUUUUAAAGAUAAGGCUAUAAAGUACUCCUGUGUAUUGAAGUCCAGUGUGUAAAUGCUAUGAACAAAUCUAAACUUGUUUUUAUUCAGGGAGGGUGCUCAAGAAUGGGGCCAUUUUCUCUAGGUCUCUUUAUACGAUAUUGAACCAAGAAUUCCAGCAUGUUAGUAUGUUACGAAAUUUACAAUAUUGUUUGUAGAAUGUGUGUGUAUAAACACUUUUUGCAAAGUUCUAGUCUAGUUACUAGUGAGGGUAUUACAUGUUCUGUAUGUUCUUGUAGUUAGUCAAUGUGGAUUCUUUUAUAAAAAAGGGUUGAUUACAAAAAAAAUUGUACUUUCUCUGUAUCAAAUAUAACAGCACAAUAUUUACAUGUAUUAUUAUGGGUUGGAAUUGAAGAUUGUGAUAAAUCACUGAGGAUUGUAUUGUAGGUAUCUUACAUAGUAUACAGGGACAUUUUUUUUCAAAUUUUGUCUUAUAUUUUGAUUCAAACACUGGAAAAAAAUGAUAUAAAGUUUUAUCUUCAGUAUAACAUAUCCAAAGCUUUUAUGCUACUUGUAAAAUACUAGAAGCAGAUUAGUAGAAAUGAAACUUGAGCUAAACAUUUAAUUCGUAGGAUUCAGUAACAGAGGAUUCCAAUGUGACCUUGUUCCUUAUACAUGUAUGUUAAAUUGAGAAUGUAUAUGGCAUCUCAUGACACUGUCUAAUUAUGUAUUGACUGCUGUGAUGUAUGUGUGUACAUUAGAAAGGGGAAUUUAUUGAAAUGUUAAUUCAGCAUGAUCAUGAAUUACCUGUACUGUCCCCCCCAAAAUGCUAACUUUUGCAGUUGGAAAUCAGUUUUGUGUGAGUACGAGUGUAAUUUUUGAUAGAGAGUAUUUGCGUUUAUUAGGUUUGUAAGUGUGACACGUGUGGGUGUUUGACUGUUGUGGUAAUUUAAUUAUCUGUUGAUGUAGAUAUCUCCUAAAUAUGUAAUAAACAAGAGUAUAAACAGAAUGAAUAAACACUUAUGUAAACUUAA